AUCAUGUGCUUUUUAGAAUUCAUCUUAAUGUUUUGAUUUAAUACUGUAUAGUGUAUUAACAUUAUAAAGGUGUUGAAAAUGCUUCGAAGAGACCCAUGUGGAAUAACAUGUAUUGUUUUUACAUACGGACUUAUAUUUUACGCUGAUUAUGUUGUGAUAUCUCAGAUUGUAAUGAGUUCAUUAGAGGGAAGUGCCUGGGGAGUGUUUCAUGCAUUAUGCUUCAAUAUUCUUAUAUUUCUUCAACUCUUUGCACAUAUUCGAACAGUUUUAUCAGAUCCUGGGACUGUGCCUUUGCCAAUGACUGGGCUUGAUUUUUCUGAUGUUCAUGCGCAGAAAACGAAGCAUCAAGAGGAACAGGCGUUGGCGACUGAUGAUUGGACUGUCUGUCAGAGAUGUGAAACAUAUCGACCUCCUAGAGCUCAUCAUUGUAAAAUAUGCAGAAGGUGCAUUCGAAGAAUGGAUCACCACUGUCCUUGGGUCAAUAACUGCGUUGGAGAAAGCAAUCAAAAAUAUUUCAUUCAAUUUUUAUUUUAUACAGGUAUUCUGUGUGCAUAUGCCUUGUCGCUAGAUAUAUCAUCGUGGGUUUGGAUGGUGAAAGACACAUCGACAGAUGAAUCAUUUGCAAACCGACAAUCUGCAAUGGCGCACAGCAUCGCACUUUGUAUCGAGUCAAUAUUAUUUGGAUUAUUUGUUGUUGCAAUGUUCUGUGAUCAGAUGUCAUCAAUAUUUGAUGAUGAAACUGCGGUAGAACAUGUCAUCAAUAAAAGAAAGCCAAGGCCAGUGAGGUCACGAAAACCAAAAAUGUCUUUAGUUCGUGAAGUAUUUGGAUAUGGGCCAGUUUAUUGUUGGAUUUUUCCUUGUUCUGGAGUUAACAGCAGAACGCAACCCUCAUUUAGUUAUGAUGUUUAAUUGCGUCUGUCUAUUUAUUCAAUAUCUACAAGUUGUAUGGUAGAAAUAUAUUGCGAACUAAUGUAUAUUGGUCUGUCUUUGGCCAUUAUUCUUAUUCAGAAGUUUUUCUUUUAAUCAUACAGUCUGAUAUGAAAUAUAUUUAUCUUUCUUCUCUAUUGCUUUAUGUGAGGGUACUGAAUGACAUGAAGCUUUUAUGUAAAUUUACAGUUUUCUUGAUUCUGAAUAUUUUUAUUUUGUGUUUUUCCAUCUGUUAGAAUGAUAGAAAUAAUCUUGAAA